AUGAAAUCGCAUCUAGGUAAUGAUGUCAAAUUAGACAGAUUGAUCGAUCAGUGUCCUGGCGAAUCUGACGCGUCUUCAAUUCCAUGUAAUUUUACACUUCCUAACGGUGUUUUCAGUUCAUAUGUGACCUAUUUGAUAUACGAAAUGGCUCACUUUAAAUUAAUUGCGUUUUUCAUUCCUUUGUUUGUGAUUUUAACUCCAUUAGUUCUACUCUUCCGCAAAAGCGAUCUAUAUCUUUUGCUGAAUAUAUAUUGGUUCCUCUUUGGUUUUGCGGGCAGCACGAUCGUAAUGGUAGAGUUCGUUUGUCCUAUUACUGAUGAUAACUUUCAGAUUAAGCUUUUAUCAGAGGUAAUAAAACGAAAACCACCUGUUGAAGGGGUGGAAUGGAAAAUUAUUGCAUACAACGUGAACUAUUAUUUACUCGAUAAGGGAUUGUGGAAUACCCCAUACUACUUUUACUCUAAAGACAACUGCUAUAAUGCUUUCAAAGUCCUCAUGGAAAAAAGAGAUUCAAAAAAAAAGCCGGUUUUAACAAUAAGCAAUGCUGGAAAUACACAGCCGAGUACUGCAGUAGAGAUUUUUUUAAAUGAUAUGACUAGACCCCAUAGUUUUACUUCAGACUCGGUUUUGGAAGCCUACUUUGUUAAGGCAGCAGAAGUUCAAAAACAGGCAGAAUGGGAAUACUGGAGAAAGCAAUAUCCAGACAUGGAGGCACUUUGA